AUGCUGUUUGGAGAUCUGGCAGAACUGGCAGAUAAAGCGGCCAAGUACGAGGAAUUGCUCAGAGAGGAACAGCAGAAGAGAAACUCUUCCAAAGGCACGUAUUAUAAAUCCCCUUCUUCCUCAAUACAUAUGAUUGAAGUAGAGUCAGAAGAAGAUGCGGAGGAAUCAGAGGAGAGAGAGGUUGCAGUUGCGGAAAUGGCAAAAUUAAAGCAUCCCAUCAGUUGUAAAACUCUUACAAAACCUCCAAGGGAUCAGAAGCCGCCACCAUUCACAGGAGGGUUUGUUCCAAACAAACCCAUGCAGAACAAGGUGUAUUCCUUCGAUCUGACCAAAGUAGAUGCCUUGUUUGAUGAAAUGUUGCUGCAUAAAAGCAAUAGAGACGCCUCACAGAAUGCCCAAGCCAGAAGAACUCAAGGGCAGACAAACGAAGAAGGACAGACCAGCUAUGAGGCUGGCUCCAGUAGAAGCAGAAUAGUUUCAAAGGAGACUAUGGAAAGACCAAAAGCAACCAUUUCAGCUGGAAUAGUGCUCUGCAGCAGGUGCAAGUGUGAGGCUGAGCUGGAAGUAGUCCUGGAAAAACAGGAGCUGCCCACUCCAAGUGUUUUUGACCGGAUCGGAACCACGCCCCAUGAUAGGGCCAGACAAAGAAACUACCCCAGGCCUGUCCAAUCCAACAGAAGAAUGACUAAGCAGCCAAAGGAGGAAAUAUCAAUAAAAGUGCCCGGAAGUGACAAACCUUUGGCGGCCAUCAUUGAAGGCAGGUGGUAUUCUGUCGGGAAGAAUGGCAGACCAACAAUGGAGCUAACAAGAACCCAAAGGAGGAGGGUUCAGAGACAGUACUGCACAUUCCUCAAUAACGAGAAAAACGCACAGAAGUUGACGAAAGCAGAAUCCUCAGAGAAACCUUCUAUCCAUCCUGCCUCCACCUCAGAAGAUCUACUUAAAACUCCCCAACCAGAGGAAAAAACCGAUCCUAUUCCAGGAGAAGGACAAGAAGACUGGGUGAGGAGUAUGAAGAGGAGCAGCUGGAUUAUGAACCAUCUACAGAUGACCAGAAUGCGCUCCUCGGAACAGAAGAACUGGGAGAAUGGACGGAGGAAAUAUGAUGGAGAACAGAUGGAUUAUGACGGAGAGUUGGAUGCAGAAACUGAGGCCUUUGGUGCAGAAUUGGAGGACUUGUUACGUGCUGACCUAGGCAUCAAUAUGGUGUUCAUUCUGCCAGAAAAGUUCUGGGCGGUAGAGGGACAGAAGAGCACUCUGGACGGAGACGUAUUUUCCCAAGAAAGUUUUGAAUGCAGGUUGGCAGAAACGGAAGCAACAGCAAACAGGCAAUCCCAGGACAGAAGGAGCAACCACAAGCUGGCUACAAGUCCCGCUUUGCUUCUCCAAACCAACCAAAGAAAUGGCAAACCACCUCAGACCCUUGUUUAUAACAGCAAACUUUGGGGGUGUUCCUAUCCCCAAAAUAUGGUAGAUGGAGGAGGCAUCACCAAAACCCUUGGGAUCCUGGACGUGGAUGUUUUGGUAGGAAGCAAGAAGCUGAAGGUUGCAUUCUUUGUGGUAGAUACUACUUCUACCACUUACAAUGCACUGCUUGGCAGAGACUGGAUUCAUCAGAGUCUAUGUGUUCCUUCCACUCUUCAUCAACAGUUAGCUUUAUGGAAUGAAGAAGGCUACAUGGAGAUAAUAGAGGCCGAUCCACGGCCAUUCCUACCUUCUGCCAUGUGUUGUGAGGCAAGGUACUAUCAUGAUGACCUUGGUCCUUUCACCUUCUUUGGAGUCAACCAGAACGGCCGCCCCCAUGGUGUCACGGCCCAGAGGCUCAUUGAAGAAGAAAAGGAUCGAGCUGCAACAAUCCGGUCCAUUACAAAAAGAUUGUUGAUAUACUGGGAGGAAAGAAGGUUUUUGCACAGAAUCCAGCCAUCAAUAUGGCAGAAUUCACUCAUGAAAGCACGGAAAGGCCAGGAGGAAGAGGAACUACAGGAGGAAGUGUUAGAUUUUGCACCAGCUGCACUGGAUGACUCUCUGCCAGAGGGAACAGGGGAGGAUCCAAGGCCUACCUUUAUCAACGCACUAUUGAAAGAACCACUUAAGAAUGAACUCGUUGCAUUUUUACAAGAGUUCAAAGAUUGUUUUGCUUGGCAUUAUCAUGAGAUGCCAGGAUUAGAUAGGGAAUUGGUAGAACACAGGCUGCCAAUCAAAGAGGGAUACCUUCCAGUCAAACAGGCCAGAAGAAGGAUGUCCAUGGACACAGAACUGAAAGUCAAAGAAGAAAUAGAAAGGCUGCUCAAGGCAGGAUUCAUCAGGCCAGCCAUCUAUGCUGAUUGGCUAGCUAAUAUUGUACCAGUUCUAAAAAGGAAAACUGGGGCAGUCAGAAUCUGCGUGGAUUACAGAAACCUGAAUGAGGCCUCUCCCAAGGAUGAGUACCCUAUGCCAAUGGCAGACAUGCUAGUAGAUGGAGCUGCCCACAACCAGAUGCUAUCUUUUAUGGAUGGCAACGCAGGUUACAAUCAGAUCAUGAUGGCAGAAAAAGACAUCCACAAGACAGCCUUCAUGUGUCCAGGGCAUAUAGGUGCUUUUGAAUACACUGUAAUGCCUUUUGGCUUGAGAAAUGCAGGGGCUACCUAUCAAAGGGCAAUGAAUUCUGUUUUCCAUGAUAUGAUAGGGCAUUCCUUGGAAGUUUAUAUUGAUGAUGUGGUGAUUAAAUCACCAGAGGAGGGAAACCACAUGACAAAUCUAAGAAGAGCAUUCCUAAGAAUGAGGCAACAUAAACUGAAAAUGAACCCAAAGAAGUGCGUUUUUGGAGUUCAAGCGGGAAAUUUCCUAGGAUUCUUGGUCCACCAAAGAGGCAUAGAGAUCGACAAAAACAAAGCAAAAUCCAUCAUAGAAGCCUUGCCGCCUAGGAACAAGAAGGAAUUGCAAAGUCUCUUAGGAAAAAUUAAUUUUUUAAGGAGAUUUAUAUCCAAUUCUGCAGGAAAGAUCCAGCCUUUCUCUUCUUUGUUAAGAUUGAAACAGGAACAAACCUUUAAAUGGGAAGAACAGCACCAACAAGCUUUUGAAGAAAUCAAGCAUUACCUCUCAAAUCCACCAGUUCUGUCCCCACCAAAGAGAGGCAGACCACUCAAGCUCUAUAUAUCUGCAUCAAAAGUAUCCAUUGGAAGUUUAUUGGUUCAGGAUAACAAGGAAGGAAAGGAACAGGCAGUCUACUACCUGAGCAGAACUCUAACAGAGCUCAAACAUUACAUGCUGCCAUACACCAUCUAUAUCAUUGCCAAAACAGAUAUGAUCAAAUACAUGCUAACAAGACCAAUGCUAAGAGGCAGAAUUGGAAAAUGGACCUUGGCCUUGACAAAAUUUGCCUUCAGAUAUGUUCCUCAGAAAGCCGUCAAAGGACAAGCUGUGGCAGACUUCCUAGCAGAUCAUCCCGGGGAGGAGAUUGAAAAUAUGGACUCUUUAGACAUAGCAAAUGCAGAUCUAUUAACCAGAGCUCACACCUGCCUCAACAAUCCUAUCUACUCAGUUCAUCUUGCACCUUGGAAGUUAUACUUUGAUGGAUCAAAAACUGAUAUAACUUCCGGGGCAGGAAUUGUUUUGGAAGAACCACUUGGAAUCAGACACUGCUACUCUUUCCAAUUGGAUUUCCAGUGCACCAACAACAGGGCAGAAUAUGAGGCCUUAAUCAUUGGCUUGGAAAUGCUGGUAGAACUAGGAAUCCAAUCUGUGGAAAUUCUGGGAGAUUCCAUGCUGGUUUUAAAACAAAUUGCUGGGGAAUACAAGUGCCUAAGCCCUUCUUUGGCUGUCUACUUGGUGGUAGCUAGGAAUCUUCUGACAGAAUUCAGAGAAGCCACUUGGGAACAUAUCCCAAGGGAAGAAAAUUUUGCAGCCAAUGAAUUGGCUCAGGUGGCAACAGGCAUACAAAUGCCCGAAGAGUGUGUACAAAGAAUCAUCAGGAUAGGAAAGAAAAGCCUACCAUCUGUUCUGGCCAGGGGGAUGGAGAUAGAUGUCAAUUCUGCCACAAUCACCGAAGAUGAUUGGAGAAAUCCUAUCAUGACCUAUUUAUGA